GUGAACAACUGGACUCUUGUCCCGAAUCCUCCAUUCGACUGACUCGCAAUGUUUUCGAAGAUCGUGAUUCUCGCUUGCGCUCUGGCAAUGAGCAACGCCGGUUACUUGGCGCCGGCAACCGUUGCUGGCGAAUAUACUUUACAAACAGCAGCUUUAACGUCCACGUCGGACAACAUACUCCGCAGCACAGGAAAUCUGGCGCAGAUCGCGACCCAAUCGAAAACAAUUUCCACUCCGUUUUCGAGCAGCAGCAAAUCCGACAUUCGCGUAACAAACCCAGGAAUUUACGCGCAUGCUGCUCCAUUGGCGUAUGCAGCGACGCACGCAGCAGCACCCCUGGCAACCGCGAUCGCUGCCGAGCAUCCGAGCCCGCUUCUUGGCGUCGCUUACUCUCCGGCGGUGGCUGUUUCGCACAUGGCCUACAGCAGCCCUAUCGGUGUCUCCUACUCUUGGUAA